AUGACCAACUUCACAGUCCUACAGACAGAUGUCAAUGACAGUCUUACUACCAUUCUGAUGUCAAAACAAAAUGAGACAUCCAUCAUCCAUAUCGAAGUUCCUAAAGGGGUCUUCCUAUUCUUGUGCAUUCUCAGCUUGUUGGAGAACAUCUUAGUUGUUGUGGCCAUUGCCAAAAACCACAAUCUCCACUCACCUAUGUACUAUUUCAUCUGCUGCCUGGCUGCUUCGGACAUGCUUGUCAGCAUCAGCAAUCUCAUAGAGACAGUGAUUCUCAUCCUACUAAGCCAUGCCAUCAUAGGCUACAAUGAACCAAUGGUAAAAAUGAUGGACAAUGUUGUAGACACCAUGAUCCUGUGCUCGCUGGUGACGUCACUAUCGUUCCUUGGAGCAAUUGCUGUAGAUCGCUACGUCACUAUAUUUUACGCGUUGAGAUAUCACAACAUAAUUACCCAACGAAGGGUAGUCAAUGCCAUUGCCGGGAUCUGGUUGGCCAGUACCGCCUGCAGCAUUACUUUCAUCGUAUUUUCCAACAGCCAUGUUGUCAUCUUUUGCCUGAUUGUGUUUUUCAUCUUUAUGUUGGUUUUAAUGUUGGGUCUCUACAUCCACAUGUUUAUCUUGGCAAGACGCCACUCACGCAGCAUCUCGGUCCAACAGAAAGGGGUGAAUAGAAGACUAUCUCCACAUCAAGUGGCAGCGAAACUAAGGGGAGCCAUCACCCUAACAAUAUUACUCGGAAUCUUCUUUCUUUGCUGGGGACCAUUCUUCCUUCAUCUUACCUUAAUUGUGUCCUGUCCAAAGCACUCAUUCUGCCUCGAGUACUUCAAGUAUUUCAACAUCAGCUAUGUCCUGAUUAUUUUUAACUCCAUUAUUGACCCUAUCAUCUAUGCUUUUAGGAGUCAGGAGCUGAGGAAAACCUUAAAGGACAUUGUGUUCUGCUCCCAUUGA